CUCUCUCUCUCUCUCUCUCUCUCUUUCUCUCUCUCUCUCUCUCUCUUUCUCUCUCUCUCUCUGUCUAUUUCACUCUCCCCUUUCCUGCUGUGUCGCACUUCUCUUUCUCUUCCCUUAAGUCGUACCUCUGCUCCCUUCUCAUUUGUGUUUCACUUUCUCUCACAUGUGCUUGUCUGCUUCGGAUGUGCUGCUGUAUCCUUUUGCAUUUGUAGAAAGUUUAUAUUUACUCUGUCCUGUUGGACUCAGAAAAGGAGUGUACAGCUUCAUCAGCUGAGAGCAUUUCAAGACGACGUGAAGCUGAAAAGAACACCGGGUCAGAGGGCUUUCUACGGUCAAGGGGGCAGGACUCAUGCUGCACAUAUACACACAAACAUGUGUUCCAGUCCAUUCAAAGGGUGUAUGGUGUGGGAAUGGAGAUGGGGGAUGUCCCUGUAUUCUUCACAUCCUGGACAGCCAGGCUGUCAGGGACAGGCCCGGGUGGAGAAGCCUGUGAGGAGUUUGCAGAGAUGGCACAGUGGUAAGAACUGUCAGAUCUUUGCAAAAAGAACAGACUUUGCAAUCCGAGAGAUUCCUCGGGAAUUCUCACCCGUCUUUCUAUCUCAUAUCUUUGUCAUGGAUCACCUCUGGACGUUUUCCCAAACCCUUUCUGGAAUUUAUUUUCAGCGCUGUAAGAAAAACAUUGAUAAAGACACACGCUGAGAAAGUCUUUGUGAUAACUUCAACAAGCAUAUAUAGUGGAGCAGAUGGGGGCCCUUAUUGGAGCUUUUCCCCUGUUUGGCGCCUCUCUACAGAAGCCUUUCAGGGAGUACCUUGAGGCCCAGAGGGCAAAAUUACAACACCGGGCAGGCGGGCGGCAUGCAGAAGAGGCCACCCCAAUAGUAAGUCUCAUCACUCAUACAGAAUAUCUCUUUCGUUCAACCUUUAAAUUUACCUCAAUCCCAGAUGUGGCUUUUGUAUUUUUGUAUAUUUAUCCUUCAUUCCUCCUUUUAAUUUAUUACACGCACCCCCAUUUCUUUUUUGUUCCACAUCCUAAUUACCUCCCUGCACUAAUUACUGCUUUGAGACUGGUUUUAUUCUACCAUGUGAUUCUGUUGAGGUGUUAUUGUUUGCAUGUGGCAGACUGUAGUGUCAGGGGCUUUGCGUGGGCCAUGCGGUGGUUGGUCGCGGGGGCCCGUGCGAGGUCUGGCUGAGGAGGGAUGCUGAGUCAUACUCAGAGUGAACCGGACACUCCCCCGCGUCACACUAAUCCACCCCCCCCCCCCCCAACAACUCCAGCAGCCGAACCCUGUUGAACCCGGCGCAGGCUGCUGGAGACGGGAGGGGCCCCUAGGAGUAAAAGAAGAAGGAGGAGGAGGGAUGGGGGAAGUUGGGAAAGGAAGCAGCAGGGGGAGGGCGGGGGGAGGCUGAAGCUGUACUCUCGAUUUCUGCCACUGCCGAUCCCUCGCAAGUGCGCACGGAAACAAAGAGCUACACUUUUUUUUUUUUUUUAUACCUUCGUCUGCCGUGUGCAAAUCGUUCGUUUCAUCUCAAGCACUUUUCCAGCUCGUGUACAUGCAUGCGUAUGUGUGGGAGGAGGAAAUGAAAGAGAGAGAAAGAAAGCAAUGAAGUUGCACAAUAAGAGAUUACGGAUGUUUCUGGAACAAUGUUCCUUUUUCUGGUAACUUGAACCUCCUGCUGUUACUUAAGGAAAGCUGCGGGCUUGUUCAACCGACAGGAAGAAACUAUGCCACUGUGCGCGUGUCACUAACAUAAAUCUUGUUUUAAAGAAACAGGGAGAGAUUAAAUGGAAAUGCAUGUGGAGAUGAUGUUUUUGAUGAGUUAAUGCAUUACAGAUUAGGCAUAAUUGACUUGAAAAUCUUUUCUCUCUCUCUCUCUCCCCUUACAGGUUUAAGAAGAUGGUGAUCAGCAUGGUUUGUUGCAUCAUAAACUUAUGGCAUCCAACAAACGUAGAGUAAAACUAAAUCAAGGAACCUAUUUUAACCCAAAAUCGAAUAGCUUCCUCAACCUGAUGAGAGCUACUGCUAGAAUAAUUUUUCAUUGAGGUUUCUUUUGUGACAUGGAUAUCGGUUAACAUUUUUAAUGUGCUUGCUUAGCUGGUGGUUUGUGCUGAGAUACUCGUGUUCUCAGCUCUGUCUUGCACAGGUUAUCUGAUCCCAGUGGUUGAGAUGUUAAGGUGCACUCUGGCUUAUAUUGUGUGUGGUCUAUAACAUUUAGACUGCAUUAAUUUUGUUUUAAAAUAAGUUGUUAGACCAUUUAUGUGCUUUGCAAUUCAGCCUAUACCAGUCAAUGGCGCUCAUCUAAUUCUAGAUUCAGAAUUUGACUGAAUUUACUAUAACAGGAAGUUAAAGUAAUGCUGACUCAAAAGUACCUGAUUCUAAAGUUGCUAUAAGAUGUUAUGCACAUUGACUAGUGCUUGUAUUACAUUACUUUUUCUGAGCAGAGACCGUCUUGAGUUCCGAAACCUUUCGUCUAGAGUUAUUGUUUUGUUUCCAGAGAUCCAAAGAGGAGAGGGAGAAGGAGUGUGUGUGUGUGUGUGCGUGUGUGUAACCACAUGACUCACUACAGGGCCACUUCACCAGAUGCAAUAACGCAUUCAAUCAGAUUAAGAAGCGCUUGUGUGUUAGGGCACAUAUGUGUGUGGGCGGCUGCCACGUUUCCUUAUCACUUAUAUUCUAUACAUCUGAAGAGCAUCCGGUCUUACUGGAGCGUGCUCACUGCUGUGAGAGCUGCUGGACUGGAUUGUCAGUCAGUUUGAAAGGUUAGUAUCUUGACUCGUUUAUAGUGACGACUAGUUUUAUAUUUACAUGCAGGUAUCCAUCUUAAAACGAAUGCAUUUUUUAGUCGCUAGUACAGUGGUGGUCCAGCAAAACGUCACAUUUUGGGCGACUCCCUAAUCUAACAUACCUGAUUCAACUCAUUAUUAGAGGCUCCGUUUCCUGAAAUGGGUGUGUCAUAUCCAAAAUCUGGAGUAUUGGGGGGCCACCGGGACCAGAUUGAGAACCACUGCACUGGUGGUAGCUAGGCAAACGUCUCCGUGCGUCGCUUCCUUUUUGUGUCUUUUUUUCUUUUAAUUGCUUGUAAAAAGUUUUUUUCUGCGCUUUUUUGUAACGCUGCCCUGGUAUGUGAGUCUGGAAGCUGCUGGCGUAUAAAAAAAUGGAACAGUGUGGAGUUUCUUUUGCUGUUACCUUAAAUGAACCCUCUACUGAACUCAAUGCACUGGCCGCUGCUGGCGUAGACGAUGAGAGGCACUGUUGCCAGAUCUCCUGAGAAAAGCAAGCGAAUGGAAACGCUCAAUUUUAUGGAUCACCAUGAAAAAUUUAGAUUACAGAAAUAAUAAUACCAAUAGGAAUAAUAAUAAUAAAAAAACAGAUUGAGCAAUUAUGACUGCAUUGACUUACAAAAUAAUGUAAGAUUAUAUACUUCUCCAAAAAUAAAUAUUUAUCAUAUACAAUUGCAUAUCUAAAUUAAAAAUAAAUUAAAACAUCUUAGUAAAAAUGUAUACAAAAGUAAUAUUAAUUUAAAAAAAUAAAAUAAGUAGGAAAAAGGAAAUAAUGCUGGUAAAUAUAUAUUUUUUUUAUGUCUUAUACAGUUCUACAGUCCUCUAAAUUAGAAAUCCCGAAACAUGCGUGUGUGUUCUGCCAAUAAAUCCAAAAAAGAGCAACGCGCGAUUGCAAGUAUUUAUAAACGUUUUGAUGAAAAGUGGCUUAUAAUACGCGGAUAUGGCAACAUUGCUGAGAGAGAGGGAGCGAGCGAAGGGGAGCGCGAGAGAGGCUGUGUCUCAAAAUCUUGUAGCGAGACAGUCUUUCGAACGUUCGAACGCGACGAUGAUGCCCCCAAAAGCGCUGUCUAGUUAGGAGCUUCACUAGAAAUAGAAACACAGCCAGGGUGAGACAGAAAGGAGAAGCUGUGUUCGAUUAUCUCACACAGCGCUCCGUUGAAAAUAAGCUUUCGGUUCUUCCAUAACGGGAUCUAAAUCAUUAUAUCGUUAGAAUUGAUGACCACGCCCCUCUUUCAGUCCCACCCUCUCGUCUUAUCAUUGGUAAGUGAGUUAAUUCUUCAUUAUGUGUCUUGAUUGGUGUGGAGAAGUCUCUCCCAGUGUGUCAGAUAGCUUAUCAGACUGGUGUUGGCUGUUACAUUCGUCCGGCGACAACAGUCUGUAGGCUGUCUGACAUUUUGGGCUUUUCAUCCCCUCUAAAAAUCUUCUAUUUAUAAUCGAUGUCGAUUAAAUUGUUAUUAGUAGCUGUCUAUUUUUAUAACCAUAUAUUUUUUUCAAUACUGAUUUUUUUCUUCUUCUCGAUAUUGGUGUCUAAUUUUAUUUAUUUAUUUUUUGGUGGGCUUUUUAGAUAAAUAUUUCCGAUGUGUGUGUGUGUGUGUGUGUGUGUUUACAGAGAGCGUGAUUGACGUGUUUCUGCGUAGCCGUUCUUGUUAAAGGGCGUGUGUGUGCGCGCACGUUCAACACUAGGUUUUGUCCACUUAAAUUUCUUGGGAAUCCAGAAAGAACACACCUUAUUGCAACACUCUGUGUCAGAUCUUUUUGCCCACCCCUUCAUUUGCAUUUGCUUUACAGUUUUUCUUUUUCUGUCAUCUAUCUGCUUAAUCGGUAUCUUACAUGUGCAACUGAUAUUUGUAAUUAAAUUAAAAACAUGUCCAUUCAGCAGUUCCCCUCUCUGUUUUUCUCCAUUGUAAAACCACAGGGUGAUCUGCUUGGCUUUCACAAUCAAGUCGUCUCAUUUCCUCUUUAACUGUUCAGAACAUCAUGUACUUUAGGGAACCCCCUCUGCCAUUCAUGUGCGUCUGUAUGUCCUGUUUGUAAAUCAAUAAAGAUGAAUGAGGCAAAUGUCAAUCCGUCUCCUGGUUUUUGAAUUGAGUUUUAUAUUCUUUAUAUAUUGUAACUUACAUGCAGUGUAGUAAUAGUAAUUGCAUGCCUAUAAAUCCAAUUCUGCAAGCUGAAGAAGUCAAAGUUAUAUAUAUAUUUAGAUAAAAUAAGAGCAGCUAAAAGAAGAAUACAAUAAAUGCAUUUCUAUUAAAACGCUUCAGAAAUGUAAAGUUCAGAUCAAACUUAAAAAUAUAGGUUGAGAUAAAAUAUGAAAUGUUAUGAGUUUUAUAUAGUCUAUUUUUCAGACAUCGAAGAUUGUUUAAUGCACAGCAAUACGACAUAACUGCAGACAUUUAAAUAUAAUUUCUGCAAGCUUCAGACAUUUUAAGAUCACAUUUGACAUUUUUCAAUUAACAGUAAGUUAUUAAAUGAGAGCAGUUAUGUUGUUAUUUGAGUUUUAUUGUGUUUAAUGCAGAGCAAUACACCAUGCAACCGUAAUUGCAAAUAAUUAAAUUAGAUUUCUGCAAGCUUCAGAAAUUUAAAGUUAAGAUAAUUUUUUAAGUAAAAUAUUUAAGUUAAGCAGUUAAAAUAAAACUAAUUAUUAUAUAUACAUGAAAAUAGAGAUAACAUUUUUUAAAUGUUUAAACAGUCUAAAGCUGCAGUAACAAAUAGCCUUCUGCAAAUGACAUUCCUUUAUGGCCAAAUAAGAAGCCAUUACAAAAAAAAAAAAAAAACACUAUGAAAAUAUGUGUAGUGUAUUAUAUUAUGUAUAAUAUCAUAUUCAUCCUGUAAGAAUGAAAGAGUUGUUUGGUGAUGUGAUUAAUUGAGGAACGAUCACGCCCAUUACAGUUAAGAGCCUGAGGGUUCGCCAUCAUGCAAAUCUUUCGUUCAAACAGGUUUUAAUAUUCAAAUAAGGCUUGACAUGUUCAGCUGUAGUUUCUUAAUAAUCCCCUCCAUUUUAUGACCAAUCUUUUGUGUAGGUUGCACGAUAAGGUCAGGUGUUUUUGCCUAGCAUGUGGCCAAAUAACACUUUUGAUGGUUUAGUUUUUAAUUUUCAACGUGCACGCAUAGGCUACUGUGCACUACCUUUAGCAACCAGUAGGGUUGAACAUUUUUGGAUAUUAUUUUCAGUAUUUAAUUGCAUAUUAACAGUUUUGUAGGCCUUAAUUAAAUUGUCCUCACGUUUUUCUGUUUUGUGACAAUAAUCUAUAUAAUUAAGAACAUGCUGAUCAUUUGAGACAUCUUGGGAAAAUCUGGGUGAGGGUAAAACUACAGUUAACCAUGUCCUACAGUUUACGGCUCUCUAAAGCAAGUGUAUUCAUGAUUAUGUUGCUAAAGUCCAGGUGAGUCAGGGGCUUUAACCCCUCACAUGAAUCAAUGAUGUGCUGUCACCUAACUGGACAACACUGGGACACCCAAGCUGACUCAGACACAGGUGUAAACGUUACCUGACGCAGGGUAUCUUUACCUCUCUCGAAACCCACAGGUAUGUAUCAUUAAAACUAACAGAAGAACAGAGAGUCUGAUAAACUGUUAGCUUCCUCAUUCUCAACAGGUAGCCUACAUAUUUGUUCUUUGUCUUUUUUUUUUUUUUAAUAGAAUCUGUAUCUACAUCAAGAGACCCAUUUUUAUAACAAACAAUUUAGCUUCAAAUAGCUUGAUUUAUUAUAUCAGUCAAAUCAAAAGCCAUACAUGCAUCGUUGUGUGUUAGAUUGUGUAAAGUAUAUGAAAGGGUUUAUGCCUCUUUUUCAGAAACAUAAACUUUGGAAAAUCCCUGUAACUAUAAUUUGCAUAUAUAUUUUUUUUCUUCCUGUUUAAAGCAUAUGUGACACACAAAGUGCCCAUUGUGAUCCAUUCAUGGGGAACAGAGAAUUGUGGCUACCCUGCACUUUGUAACAAUGUAUAGUGUGAGCUCGCAUCUUUCUUCCAGUCAACGCUUUUAGCGAGCUCACUGACUUCUGAACGUCAAGACCGUGUAGAACAGGAUAAAAGGUUUAAACAGAAUUACACUUCAUGAAUAAUCAAAUAGUGGCCAAAUGACAUCAAUCUCCUCCCAAACCUAUACAGUAUAGGCCUACACCUAGCUAUUCUACACCAAAUCAAAUAUGCCCAGGCAACACAAAAUAUUUGAACGAUACCAUAACACCGAAAUAUAAAUGUAUACUGCAAAAAAAAAAAAAAAAACUUUAGAGGAAAAAGAAACGGCAAACAACACUGAAUUAAAUACAAACCUUCAAAGAAAGACUGAACUAUUAUUUACCUGUAUUUUUGUGUGUGUACAACUUGGGGGAAGGGGGUGAUUUAAACCCGAAGAAGAAAGAAACUAAGUUUUUUUUAAUCAUUAUUAUUAUUGAAUCAUGCACUGAUUAUGCAGUAGCACUGAUUAUACCGUUGCUUUAUCCGUGAGGUUUAACAGCGCGAAAGCAGAAGCUCUAUACAGAAGCACAACAUCGGCAGGUCUUUUGUCGACAUCUGUUGGCAGUGCGGCGGUACUACAAGUUAAAACCAGCUGCCAAUACACACAGAAUGACGCGUUUUUGUAUCCGUAAAUACACCCACUUACCUCAGCUACAACCUUCCGGAGUAAAAUUAUUCGUUUGUUUAACUAAACAAAAACGUUAAUUCAGUUGUUGACAGUUGUUGUACACAUUCCGGAGCAUGCGCACUGACUCUCUGUGAAAUUCGCUAUUCGUUGUUUAUCUUUUACCGGUAGUUAAUCUCUGUAGUGAUACGUAGUGUACCGCUGGUUAUGGCGGCGGUGAUUCUUGCGGCACCAUGAGAUGUCCUUAUUCACUGUUAUUCCGGUAUUGGAGUGUGUAAAGAGACAGUGACAAUGGCUGGUGUUUUUGAUAUCGACCUGGAGGACAACGUGUCAGACGAGGAGCUCGCCGACGGGGCCAGGGGCAGUGAAUGCCUGGACCAGUGCAGUGGCUUUGAAUUUAUGGAAGACUGCGAGAAGUUCGAAAUCUCCGAGAACAGUGUGAAUCCAGGCACAGAGCAGAUUCGUCCUGAAUGUUUUGAGUUGCUUCGUGUUUUGGGUAAAGGAGGAUAUGGGAAGGUUUUUCAAGUUCGCAAGGUAACUGGGGCAGAUUCUGGGAAGAUAUUUGCCAUGAAGGUCUUGAAAAAGGCCAUGAUUGCUCGCAAUGCAAAGGACACCGCUCAUACUAAAGCAGAGAGGAGCAUCCUAGAGGAAGUUAAGCAUCCCUUCAUUGUGGACCUCAUAUACGCCUUUCAGACAGGAGGGAAACUUUAUCUCAUCCUCGAGUACCUAAGCGGUGGAGAGCUGUUCAUGCAGCUGGAGAGGGAGGGGAUCUUUUUGGAGGACACAGCCUGCUUUUACCUGGCAGAGAUUUCCAUGGCCUUGGGUCAUCUUCAUCAGAAAGGCAUUAUUUACAGAGAUCUGAAGCCAGAGAACAUCAUGCUCCGUAACAAUGGUCACGUGAAGCUGACAGACUUUGGACUCUGUAAGGAGUCGAUCCACGAUGGUACCGUCACACACACCUUCUGCGGAACCAUAGAGUACAUGGCACCAGAAAUCCUCAUGAGAAGCGGCCAUAACCGAGCUGUGGAUUGGUGGAGUCUGGGAGCCCUGAUGUAUGACAUGCUAACAGGAGCUCCGCCAUUCACCGCAGAGAAUCGGAAGAAAACCAUAGACAAAAUCCUAAAGUGCAAACUGAGCCUUCCACCAUACCUCACCCAAGAAGCACGGGACCUUCUCAAAAAGCUGCUGAGAAGAAAUGCAUCAACGAGGAUGGGAGCAGGUCCUAGAGAUGUUUUAGAUGUCCAGGCCCACUCCUUCUUCAGACACAUGAACUGGGAUGAUCUGCUGGCUUUUAAAGUUGAACCUCCCUUUAAGCCUUUUUUGCAAUCAGCAGAUGACGUUAGCCAGUUUGACUCCAAGUUCACUAGUCAGACUCCUGUGGACAGUCCCGACGACUCGACGCUCAGCGAAAGUGCCAACCAAGUCUUCCUGGGCUUUACGUACAUCGCUCCAUCUGUGCUCGAAAACAUCAAGGAGAAGUUCACUUUUGAACCAAAAUACCGUUCACCUCGCAAGCUUCUGGGAAGCCCAAGAACACCAGUGAGCCCUAUGAAGGGUGAAGGGGAAGACGGUUGGUCUCGGGGCCCACCCUUCCCAGAAGUGCCCGCAACCACCGCCUCUCUCCUGCCGCCCACUGAUGCACCCAUGGAGGUGUCUAAUGUUGAGCAGAUGGACAAUUGCAGCAACAUGGAGGUGUCAGCCCCUCUCAACAUCAAAAAACCACUGGGAUCCAACACGGGGUCCUUCAUGAAACCAGCGGGCGGCAGGAGACCCAAGAAUCUGAGGAUGAAUCAUUGAUGAGUGCCUUAAGUUUUGUACUUCAGGGAUUUACCAAAAAGGCCUUUCUGCACCCAGUUUCUGUCACUGAAACACUUACAGCAUUAGUGUACAUCACGCAAGCUUGUCCUCUCUCUGCUCUGAAACAGACAGACCACCUUACAAUUUAGGUGACUCUGAGCAUGAAUUUCACAGAUUAUAUUUUAUAUGCCAUGCUCAUGCAAAACAUGAGGGAGAAUUCAUAGUAUCUUCUGUUGUAUAUUUGAAGUUGAGUUUGAGUCGAAUAACUGUAUGAGGCUGGGAUAGUUAUAACAGUAUUGAAAUGGAUAGUUCACCCAAGAAAUAUCAAUUCUGUCAUGAACUCACCCUUAUGUCAUUCCAAACAUGUAUAACUUGCUUCCUUUUUUCUGUCAAACACAAAAUAUUAUUAUUUUUUUUUAAGUCCAAUUGACUUAUGUGGAUAAAAACAAUUGAAUUAUGCUUCAAAA